AUGCCUGCGCGUCCCACCGACGUUGUCAACAAGAUUAGGGAUCGCAGCCACUCGCAGUCGCACUUUGACAACGAGUUCUCAACCUUAAUGAACGACCUGCCAACGCCCGCGUCCCAAGCCUUCCCAACUGGCCACAGCGUUGUAGACGGCGAUCAACGAGCUGUACCCGACAGCGAACGCAAGGUCUAUCCUGUGCUCCAAACGGCACGGGCUGCACCCCCACCGCCAGAGGACGAGCACAAGGGACAGCAACGCUCGGGAGAGCCAUCACCGUCAGUUGCGCAAACCGUGCCUGGGAUUCCGUCCGACAAGCCUUCCACCCCAGCGAUUUCCACGGCACCUGGCCCUCCUGUCACAUCCCAAAGCCGCAACGUCAACAAGCCGACCACGCCUUCCGCAGAAGCAUCAACAUCAAAGGAUGCGCGUCUUCCACUUCUUCCCAAGCUCUCCAUGCUUGACAAAGUACUCAACCGUCAAACCAUGACGGCGCAGGAUUCGCCCCCCAGCCAGGCCAACGGCAAGGUGGCAGCCGUCGCGUCCGCCACAACGUCCGAGACACCAGCAAGGCCUACUACCCCCACGCGCCCCGGCACGCCGUCAAAGCAAGAGAGCAGGGCUCCCAGUGAGCAGCAGUCGGACAGUGGGUCCACAAAGCCUCGCCGUCGUCGCUCCCUCUCGCUCUCGGCCCUCUUCACGCGAAAGAAGAAGAACUCGCUGGACGAUGCCCCACCUAUUCCCGACCUCCCCGUCAACCUCAUGCCCCGCAAGACCGGCCAGCCCGGCGUCAACGGCGUGCCUUCGAUGCCAGACCUUCCGGCCGGUCUGUCCAGCAAGUUUAGCAGCCAGCGCAAGACUGGCACCACCGACGCUGUUGUCGCACCCUCCCGCCCAGAAACCCCCACUUCUGCUACCCCAAAGGCGACCAAGCGCAAGACGCUCCUUGGCAAGACGUCUCUCAAAGACCUGUUCAGCUCGUCCAACAGCGCCGACGGCGGCGUGUCGUCCUCCAAGAGCGUCCGUCGCUCCAAGAGCAAGCCCGAGCUCAAGAAGAACCGUCUCGACGAUGCCCCUCCUGUCCCAAGCCUGCCACCAGUUCUCCCGCAGUUGCGCUCAGAGUCACCCGUCAGCAAGCCGACAUUGGUCCCGGACGCGCUUGCCGCUCUUACCGGCAGCCGUUCAGGCACCUCCGCUUCCGAAGCAAAGCCCGACGUGAAACCAACGGAGCCGGUCAGAUCCGCAGAGUCGAAGAGAGUCGCACCUCCAAAGGUCAUCGAAAAGGACCUGCCUGCCGUCACCACCACCCCCAGCAAGCAGGUGCACAAGCCUGCGCAGCCCUUCUCCAUUGAGAAGCCUAUGCGACCUAUGCAGGUGGAUCCACCACUCGAGCAACCCGACAACGAGGCCGCCAAGACACCAACUGUUGUCCCCGAUGCAUUGGCCGCAUUGACGGCGCGCUCCAGGAACCCCUCGUCGCCGGAGAAGUCGCCCGUCGAGCUCGUGCCCGACGUGUUUGCCGCGUUUGGCUCGACGGAGCAGACCUCGCCUGCUGCCAACGGAUACGUUGGCAAUACGAUUCCCGACAAGAUUCGCGCCGUCUCGCCCACGCCCGCGCUGGGUGGCAAGCUCAAGACCAAGAAGAGCAAGGUCACGUUGAAGUUGAAGAAGGACAAGGAGGACAAGGUCGAGGCCACCACUGAGGAGAAGGCUAGCCACCGCCGCACGCGUACGCUCAGCCAGCGCCUGUCCAUUUCGUCGUUUGCUCCAUUCAAGAAAUGGCGUGCCGAGGAGGACGUACCCGCUGUGCCGGCCAUGCCACCCAGCUUUGACAAGGUCGAGGCUUCUCGUUCUGCAUCAGACGCCAGAGCGUCGGUCAUGCCGCCCGUGGAGAUUGUCCAGCCCAUGCUUACCUCGUCCAACAAGGACAAGCAUGAGGCGCUGGUUCAGCCGCGUAGCGCGACCCCAGUGCGCUCGACUUCGAUGCGUCCCGAUGUCCCGUCCGUUAUUGAGGGAUCUGGUGCCACCAAGCCUCUCAACAUCCAGAAGCGCGUGCCCGUCCCGACCGUUAAGACUGAGCCCCCCACACCCGACAAACCUCUGCCUAUGCCUAGGGCCACCAUUGUCAACGACGAGCUCCCUGCCGCCGUGUCCUUCUCCUCAGUGAGCGUCGACGAGUCCCCAGACAGGGACGAGCUCCCAUCCACUGUGGCCUUUAGCCCCAAGACUCCGUCCAAGGAGAAGGCCACCACUCCGGGCCCCACGCCUCCCUCCAAGCCGUCUACCCCACCUGCGCUCGUCAGCAUCAAGCUUCCUGCUCCUCCACCCUUUGCGCCCGUCGACGUGCCACACACUCCGUUCACCCCUCAGACCCCGGCUCCCCAGGCUGCCGCUCAGGCCAAGGCCCAAGCUGCCAUGGCGGAGGCUCCCUCAUCGACUGUCCGCAAGAUGGCCGACCUCCAGCAGCGCCGCACCAUGCCUGUACCUUCGUCUCAUGAACGCCCCGCCCGCAAGACCAACUCUGUCGUGGACACUGCUCCUGGUCUCGCAUACCUGGAGGGUGACGCUAGCUCUGACGAGGGCGACACUACCCAGUCCCACGCGUCGACGAUCAUGCCGAGCUUUAGCCACAUGGCGACUGCCCCCUCUCCCUCUGCUACUCUGCGCAGCAGCAGUGCACCCCAAGCACUGUCACCUGAUGUUGGCGAGCCUCCUUCACCUGCCCCCAGUGCUACCGAUGCUGAGGCUGCCGUCGUCCAGACCGCCCAGACCGCGCGCCGCUCCAUCAUUCGCAGUGUGACGACUCCCAUGAGCUCGGUCGUCAGCCUCCUCCAGACUGCCAACCCCGACGACUCGCCUCGUAGCUCCACCAUUGGCUCCACCAUCAGCCCCGCUGUUGCUGCAGUCUUUGGUGUCGGUGCUGGCGUCGCGGCGGCGGGCUCGUUUGUGGAGACCGACGGCAACUCGGAGGAGACUGUCACGCCCGAGAUGGCUGCUGCUGCUGUUGGCCAUGUAAACAUGGCCCAUGAAGCUAGCGAGGACCUGUGGUCCUCGUCGGGCGAGUCAUCUCCUCGUAGCCGCGUUGCGUCGCCGGUGCCCCAGCCCUUGGGCCUGCCCACGCUCGAGGACAUUUCGAUCGACGACGAGGUCAGCCCCGCGGCCGCGCCUAACCCCUUCCCGGCAACCACCCAGGCUUCGUCCGACGACUACAACCACCACCGACCAACCCUCCUCCGCCAGCUGUCGACCCCUGCUUCGGCUCCGGCGUCGCUCUCGCGUGCUAGCUCGCCCUUUGGCGGUCGCAUGUUCUCGCCUGUUGGCGAGUCGUUUGUCGGCGCCACGCUCCUUACCACGGUCGCUUCCGCAGCUUCAAGCAUGGCCACGGCCGUCACGAGUGCCCUCUCGCCUCAGGCUACGACUUUUGAGCUCCCCGAGCAGUUUGAGGACAAUGUGAGGGACAGGGUGUUCCAGUCGCCCUCGGUGGCUUCGGACGCAUCGUUUGAGUCUGCCGAGGAGGGCUCCGUCGACUCGGCGACGUUUGAGUCUUACGACUUGGCUCCCUCGGGGCGGACACCUCCCAUCGCGCCGUACAUGCCCUCGGCACCUCCCCCCGUUGCGUUCGACGACCUCCCUCCCGCGCUGUCUAUGCCCCGCCGCCGUGGUUCCGUGCCCGCUGUCUUAGCUGCCACUGCUGCCCGCCGCCGCACCAGCUCCGUACCCGUUGGCAACCGUCCUUCGAUGGCCGACUACGACGACGACGAGGAUGAUGAUGACGAGGAGCUCCCUCUCCCAAGGAGGGCUUCCGUCUUCCGCACUGGUUCGCCCGUGUCCGGGUCGUCGUCGCCAGGUCCCUACCAGGGCCGCAACGUGUCUUGCCCCCUCCCCACCACCCGUGGCAUCAGUGUGGCGACGGACUCGCGCCCCGGCUCGCCUCUCGACCUCCACAUGCCUGGUGGCUUGAUCCCCAAGGCCUCGGACAGCCCCACCUUCUCGUCGACGCCGGUCACUGUCCACCGCACGCCUACUGCCACGGACGGCGAGUACACCACUGUUGCCGGUGCCCGUACCCACAUUCGCCGUGACUCUGGCAUCACCUCGGCCGUGGGUGCUAUUGGCUUUGCGCGUCAGGGUCCCAUUGACAGCGACGCCGCCGGUGUCGCCGUCAACCAGUCCCGUGCAGCUGCUGCCGUACAGUACCAGGCUGUCGCCGUCGUGCGCCACAGUCUCCCCUUUGAGGUUGACUACCGCUCGUCGCGUGCGUCGUUUCGUCAGAGCGCCCACGAGCUCUCGCACUGGAACGAGUCCACGGCCACCAUCGCUCGUAUCACCGAGGGACCUGAGACCAGCGAGCCCGAGGAGGAGUCCUUUCAGCUCGACAGCGGCAGCUCCCACUCGUCCUCGGGAAGCGACGACGGUGAAGGCGCUCCCUCCACUCCCCGGACCCCAGACCUGAACCAGCUCGCACACGUGACGCCGCCAGCACACCCGUCGCCUUCCCCGAUCCCGGCGUCGUAUGGCGGUGCCACUGGCGCGGAUGAGGCCCAGGUCAAGGGCUCUGUCAUCCGCCUCGCCCGCGCCCCCUUCCGUGCCAUGCACCAUGACAUGAGCCAGGACGCGGAGGGCGACGACGAUGGGUUCAGCGACACCUUUCCCGAGUCCCUCGGCGGCGACAGCUUUACCACUGCGCACGAGGUCGGCGCGUGA